UCUGCCAUUGACGCUCGUUGUUUAAAGAAUCGGGUGAUUCAUUCUAAUUGGGCUUCGCUAUCGUGCGUCGUAUACAGCCAAGUGCGGAUUGCAUCAACACCAUUCAAUUUGCUGAGAAAUGCAUGACGUCAACAACACCAUGAGUAUGGCCAAUCCACCAGCGGUCGUUUGGCAACCAGUGACUCCCACGAACACUCUCAAAGACAUCAUGGGCAAGAAAUUGCCUGCCAUCCGCGCGUUUUCAAUUAUCAGCAUCGUUUUGGGAAUCCUCUCCAUUUUUAUCCAGAUUGCGGCGUUGGUGAUCUGCCUUGAAUACAUCUACAGCUCUGUAUAUUACCCGUUGGAUGUUAUCGGCCAUGGAAUCUGGUGCGGAGCGUUCUACGUGACGGCCGGCAGCUUAGGCACGUCUGCCUGUAGAACACCGACGAGAUCACUUUUGGUGAAGACCGUAGUAAUGUCCACAAUUUCAAUCGUGGGUGCCAUCGUCGCAUCUGGACUGUCCGGAAUUAUGGCAAUCUGGGGCACCAACAAUUACUGCCACGCUUUUUAUGGAGCAACCUUAUGUAACACGUGGGAAGGCCUGGAAUGGGCCUUGAUGUCUAUCAGUAUUUUGGCUUUCAUAAACUCAAUUACUCUAGUUGCCUUAGCAUCCGGACCCCUCUGUUGCGGCGGAAGUAAUAAAGGCCCACAAGGAAACAUGGGCGUUACAAUCGGUGUUGGAGGCCAUCAACAACCAAUGUAUUAUCAGCCACAACCGAUGUAUGUAGGGGCUCAACAACAACCGAUCUAUUUAGCGCCUCAACAGCAACCAAAUGCUCAGUUCGUUCAUGCUGGACAGCAGAAUCCACAACAGAUGCAGUAUCCGCAGCAGCAACAGUUCCCAUCCUUACCCAAUUCUCAAGUCGUCAAUGUACCCCAGCAACAAGGCGGCCACUACAGCCAACCACUGCAACAACAACAGCAGCAACCUCAACGGCCGCAACAGGUCCCAUCCUUACUCAAUUCGCAAGCCGCCAAUGUACCCCAGCAAAAAGGCGGCCACUACAGUCAACCACUGCAACAACAGCAGCAGCAACCUCAACAGCCGCAACAGAUGCAGUAUCCACAGCAGCAACAGGUCCCAUUCGCACCCAAUUCGCAAGUCGCCAAUGUACCCCAGCAACAAGGCGGCCGCUACAGCCAACCACCGCAACAACAACAGCAGCAACCUCAACGGCCGCAACAGGUGCAGUAUCCACAGCAGCAACAGGCCCCUUUCCCACCCAAUUCACAAGUGGCCAAUGUACCCCAGCAACAAGGCGGCCGCUACAGCCAACCACCGCAACAACAACAACCGCCGCAACAGGCUUCCGUUGCCAACCAAAAGCAACCGCAGCAAAAUCAAUCUUCACAAUAUAAGUUGAAAGCCCAGCUACGCACUAAUAAAAAAAACUAACCCAACUGUUUAAAACAAUCGAUUGCGGAACUGGGUGUGCUAUUAACAUAACAAGAAUGAAUAUAAACUUGAAAGAUUUGAAAUAUAACCCCAUACCAUCAAUCACGGUGUAUGUUAUUGAGCUCUCUGUUGGUACAAUACAUUCGCAAAGCCAAAAACCUGGUUAUUUCAG